AAUUAAAUUAAAUUAAAGAAUGAAAUUGGAGUAUAUUAAAAUGUUAAAAUAUGAUGAGGUCUUUUAGUUUUUUACAAACCUUUGAACAAUAUGAGUCAAAAUAACGGGUUCAGGUGUGGCCGCACAAUUUUAUUUUGUUAAGGUGGCAGAGUGAAAAAAAGCGCAAAAUAUAAUUGGCAAAAUGCUAGUAUAAUUGACAAAAUGCUAUUUCUUUUCCUAAGGAUGCAAAAUGCUAUUAACCUUAUAAUUAAACUUAAUUUUCUAGUUUUAAUUUUGUUUUAAACUGUGAGUGGUACAUGUAGUUUGUACAUGACACUUGUGCAUCCAAAAUCCCAAAACUUUUGACUACAUGAUAACUAUCAAUUUAAGUUAUCGCUAUCUAUAAACUCUUUUUUUUUUCUUCGAUAGCCAUUCAUUUCAAUUUUUGACACCACUAUACAUAGAGAAUGACUCUAUCACAUGAAUUCACCAUCAACAUGGCACCUACCUCAUGCUCAAUCUUACUCACAUUCCUCUUGAUUUUGGUUGUCCUAUUAACAGUGUGUCGCCGAUAUGGGACCUGUUAUAAACCUGAUGGUAUGUGGCCGAUCAAGGACCUGGAAGAUCCAAGUGUGGUGUCUGCCGCAAAUUUUGCAGUGAAAGAAUACAAUAACAAGGCUAAUACAACCUUACAGUUUGUAACUAUAAUCAAGGGAAAAAAACAUAUGGUUGCAGGCUCUUUCUACCAUCUAUUGAUCUUAGCUAAACAUAAACCUGCUGCAUAUCCCGAAAAGUAUGAAGUAGCGGUUUCAGAUAGACCGUGGAAGAUAAAGGGUGGUUUGGAGCUUGAAUCAUUUAGAAAACUAUCAAAUCGAAACGGGAAAGGAGAGGACGUGGAGACUGAAGACAAACUGUUGGAACAAUUGAGUAGGGAGUCCUUUCGUGAAGAUAUCGGCAAACUGGCAGGCGGAUGGGACGUGAAGAACUCGAACGUGUCCCAAAGCAACUUUGUCUCGGACAAAGUGGAUAUCGAUCUCUACAUGUUUCGUACGAGAGUCCGGAUAUUCGACUUCCGUACUCGAUCGAGAAGUAGUGACCUGUCGUUUGGAGGACCAAGAAAUGAGGUUGUUGGCGAGGAAAACACAAUAGCCCGAUGUCGAACGACGAGUGUCGGGGCAGCCACCCCAAUCGGCGUUGGAGUAAGCGAUAAGGGAGAGGUCCGGAUUGGGGGAGAGCUGAAGGCCGUGAUCGAGAGUGCCACGAAUAUAGCGAAGGAUACGCUUAAGAGCUGCCAUAUGAGUGGAUCUAUCAAGGCAAUGAUAGCCUUUGUGAGAGGAAGGGUGACCGAGAUAGACACAAGGAGUAGAACGGGGGGCGAGUUUAUGUGGUGUGGUGGCGGUGAGGUUGGAAUAGCAGAGACAGCCAAAUACUCGAAGAUGAGAGACGAGUUGUUUGUCGGAGAUUGGAUUUCCGACAUCGGCCAAGUUGUCCGCCGUGGUUUUGAUUAUUUGGCAAUAAUCGUGAAUGGAGAGAGUGCCUUUCUUGAGGGACUUGAAUUUUUCUUCAAGUUGGAGAGAGUGCCUUUCUUAGGUCCAGACGACGAGGUUGAAGACACGAGCAUCGGCUAUGAUCACGCGGAAGCAGCAACCGAUGUUUCACUUCCAAACGAGGUUGACUGGAGGAAAAAUGGGGCAGUCACCAGCGUGAAGCAUAAUCAUAAAUGCGGUAGCUGCUGGGCCUUUGCAACUGUGGCCGCAGUUGAAGGCAUAACAUAUAUAAGGACAAAUAAAUUGAUGUCCUUAUCUGCGCAAGAAUUGGUUGACUGCGACACCGGAAACUUGCAAUGCGAAGGAGGAUAUGCAUGGAAAGCUUUUAGGUUCAUCAAGGAAAACGGGAUCGCAACGGACAAGAGUUAUCCUUAUAGAGAUGAUGACAAGCAAAAAUGUAACUUCAACAAGAAAAACUCGCCCGCGGCAUGGAUAGAUGGCUACUAUAGAGUUCAUCCUAACCGCGAAGAUUUAAUGAUGAAGGUAGUCGCUAAGCAGCCGGUAACAGCUGAGAUUGAUUCAAGUUGUUUCGACUUUCGCCAUUACUCAAACGGGGUGUUCACCGGGAAUUGCGGGACAGAGUUCGAUCACAUUGUUACUAUUGUUGGCUACGGAACACACGUGGACGGAACUAAGUAUUGGCUCGUGAAAAACUCAUGGGGGUCUAACUGGGGAGAAGAUGGCUAUAUUAAGAUGCUGCGUCGGAGUAAUGUUAACGACAAACACACACCGGGAGUUUGUGGGAUUGCAGCCAGAGUGUACUAUCCUUUCAAGAUUAUUUCCCCACAAAAGGAUGAACUCUAGUGUAUUAGACUCAUUAAUAAACUACCUCAAUCUGUCUCUCAAUAAUUAACUGCAAUUUAAUAAUCAACUUGGUUUCUAAUUUGACUACAGAUGAUCUGUU